AUGGACGCAUUUCUCAUGCCGAGCUUCACGAGACCAAACUCAAGUAUAACAAAGCCAACAAUUGAGGCUAACAACUUCCAGAUCAAGUCAGCUUUGGUAUCUUUAGUCCAACAAUCCCAAUUCUUAGAAGAUGAUUUGGAGAAUCCACAUGCUCAUCUGGAGAGGUUCUUGAUGAUUUGUGACACAGUCAAAUGGAAUGAGGUGUCCGAUGAUGCACUGCGAUUGCAGUUGUUCCUUUUUUCUCUCAAAGGGGAAGCAUUCAACUGGUUAGAACAACAGCCGGCAAACAGCAUCAGUACCUGGGAAGACUUGGCUAUCAAGUUUUUAGCUUAG